CCAUGACUACACUUUGUAAGAAAGUGGAAAGUAUGGAUGAAGAGAUACAGAUAAUAAGAAAAACAGCUAGUAGUCAGCAACAUGACUCAAAAAAUGCGGAGAUAAGACGAUCGGAAGUCUCUAAAAUUCCAGACCUAGAAGGUGACGUUGAGAAACACCUAAAAACUCAUAACAGUUUAUUAAAUACAGUUGCAGGAAGCAGCACAACUAGCAGUUCAUCUGCAAAGAAGAAGGAAGAAAUUAAACCCAGAUACACAAAUAUAAAUAUGAACAAUUUAUUUUCAAAACCAUUCACACAAAAAAAUAUCCAAAAUACCCAGAACGAAAUAUUCCUACCACCACAGAUAAAUACCUACAAAGAGAGUUUGAACCAAGCCAAAAGGACAUACAACCAUAUAACCCGUACAUAUAUAGACAACAUACACAAAAUACAAAACUUUUUAAACAAAAACCCAAGAUUCCAAACUACCCAAAAUCCAAAUGAAGAUUAUAUUACUCUUUAUCUAACAGGAUACAAUAAAUUAAUAGCCCUACCAAAUACAAAUGCAAAACUAGUAGCCACUUGCUACAAUUAUGGAUUACUAGAUACUGUAUAUACACAAACAGGACAGGAGAUAGCUAUGUUAACUCUAAACUAGAUUAACUUGAUAUUAGUUCAUAUUGAGUUUAAUUCUAGUUUCUUUGUGUGCUUAAUUUUAUUUCCUGCCAAUUGUUUCGUGCUUUUAUCUUUUACUUUCUUUGUGAAUUGCUUGGUUCAAGUCCGUUUGCUUUUAAUUGUCCGUCCUUGUGAAUACACAACUUUCACUCCACCCCGAAGACGGUUGGAACUUGUUGUGAAACCUUGGGACUUAAGUUUGCUAGCAAUUUUGACUUUCACUACGUGAGCGGUAAAAGGCAAGAGUGAAUAGGACUUUGAGCACGUAAAAGCCAAUUGGUGCAUAGUGUGAUACACGAGGGUUGAGCGACAUCGAGUGAGCUUGGUGAGGACUUUACUACUAAUUUGUUUGCUCGUUUUGUAGAUAUCAUGGAGUACAGGCAAAUUUCUAGUCCUAAUUGUUAUCCAAGGAGUAAGACUCCGAUGCAUGAAGUUGUAUCUAUGAUUUAUCACAUAAGUGAGAAGGUCACCAAUAUUACCAUAUGGCAACAUAAAACGAAUGCAAGGUUGAUUUCUAUAUUGAGGGAAUCUCACUUGAGGCAACAAGGAAGGGAGAGUAGUAUGACGCUUACUAAUUCCUCUACUACACCCUCUCCUUCACAAGUGCGACAAAUGCUUCAAAGAGGAAAACCGCAACAUAACCAACAUAUCCAAAUAUCACAAAACCUACCAAAGCAAUCACAUUCACCAAAGGGACCUUAUUUUCCUCCACCAAAUUACCGACCACCUACCCACUACCAACACCAACCACCAUUUAGACCUCAAGCGCACAUACCCAUAAUACCACCACCCCAAAUGACCCAACCUAGACCACCAAUGAAUCUACCUCCCCAAUAUAUGCCUCGAGUGCCAUCAAGGAGGGACAAUCUCCCUCAAGAAGAAUGUGUUGAUGAUUCUUUUGAUUCUAUUUUCAUUCCUUUGGCAAAAAGAUUUAAUUUUUAUAGUGAAAUGGGCAAAUGUGAGUAUGGAGAUGCCUUGUUGGAGAGUGAACAAGUUACUUAUAAUAACAUAAAUAUAAAAGAAGAAAACUUUCAUUUAUAUUCCAAUGAGUUGACUUCUUUUGUAUUUGAUCUUGAUGACUCUUACGCAUAUUUAUGUGAUGAUUUUGUUGAGUGUGAAAAGGAAAGUAAAGUUUUUGAUGCUAGCACUAGUAUUAAUUGCUUUACUUAUUUUAUUCCUACUUUUGAAAGAACAUUCUCCUUGGAUUUUGCUAAUGCUUCUAUGAGAAAAAGUAAGAAUAUUUCUUUUGGUGUUUGGAGUGACCAUUUUGAGCAAAAAGAAUCUAACUUUAUUGAUUAUUUUGUGAAGGUUCAACAAGAGAAAAUUGCUAAGGGUAAGAAAGGGCUUGAACUAACACUUUGACAUACUUUUUGUCAAGAGCUUUUUCUUUUGCCCAAAAGCAAGAAUGAUAUGUACGUUUGGCUUAUGCUUAUCUUGUGUUUAUCUAAGGCCAUUGAGGUCCAAAUUCGAGGACGAAUUUCUUUCAAGAGGGAGAGGAUGAUACACGCCGGAUGAGCAUGCCUAACGAUUUUCAAGUCAACAUCUUAGCAUUGGAGUGCUUUAAAGGAGUCAAGAUCAAGAAUGCUAUACUUGUAAUAAUUGACUACACUUAGCUCCUUAGAAUUAGCUUAGCCGUAUUUGGGUCAUUUGUAGCCAAAUAGCCACUCUAGUAUAAAUAACCCUUAAGGCUUUUAUUUUAGAUAGGCUUGAUGAAUGAUAAACUUGAAG